AUGGCGUAUCUCCUUUACUCCAUCUUCUUUGUCUCCGUCAUUGUCGGAACAGCCCUCUAUUUCACACGGGAGCGCUGGAUGCAAUACAUGCCGGACCGCGUACAAGAUGUGGUCUACUCGCGGCUACCGACGUCAUUUAUGGGAGACGUGGAAUCCGGCUUCACAUCCAACGACUUCGACUUGUCGAGUAAUGUAAUGGAAGGUGACUCGCGCUCAGGCCUCGAUCCUAAGUCCAAGCGCGAGAUUCAACGACUGAUGAAGAUUCGGGGCAUCAACUUUGACGAAGCCCGGCGCGUAUACAUGGAGCAAGGAUUCAAGAAGGCCGGUAUUGGAGCAGACGGCGUUCCGAAAGACCCGAAGUUUGUGUCCUUCUCCUGA